AUGCCAACUCUAGCAUCCGUGUUUCUUCCUCUCGUUCCAUAUUUAUAUUUUGCUUUUAUUUUCUUACAGAUUUCCUUUCAAUUUUCCUUCAAGUCUUCUUUUCUUGUUUAUUUUCUCAUUCUCACCUUAUCGGUCUCAACAAAAACAGCAAUUGACAAGGUCACUUUCUUACCCGACAAAUACCCAAUCGAAUCCACCCCCACAAGUAUAGCGGAAGCCAACUCUUUGCUGCUCAAUCCUAUCUUUCGGUCCGUUCUCAUAUUUAAAUAUGGCGUCGUAAUUAACGUAUAUACGAGUUUAUUAUUCACUGCUUUCCAAGUUCGACACUCAGCUUUCAUGUCAAAAACACAUUUUCCCUCGUCCGUUGGUCACGUCUGCCGGCUGUUUUGUGCGCAGCAGACAAAAGGCGAGGCUUCCGUUUGUUUAUGGCGAUUUCUUUCUCUCCUAACGACGAAGGCAUCUGCCAUUUCCUUACGGUUCUCUCGUGCGCUAUCACAUCAUGCGUAUUUUCCAUUCUCCAUUUAUAUCACUUCCUUCAUUUCGCUGCUUCAUCAUCAAACUUUGUCUCAUAAUGCAUUCCGAUCUCUAAAUCGCCUCUUCAAUGUGAUGUCAAUCUAUUCUUCUCUCUCAUUGUCUUUGUUCCUCCAUUUCACCUCUUUAUCUUUCUUUUUCACCGGCUUUCUUUCUUUCUUUCUUUCUUUCUUUCUUUCUUUCUUUCUUUCUUUCUUCUCUAUUAUCUAG